UCUGUUUUCUCUUCCAGCCAGUUGGAUUCUGCCCAUCUUAGAGCACCUCACAGGUCUCUCCCUCGGAGCUGAGCACUGCCUGAGUGAGGAGCAGCUCACGAAUCAGCUGCAGGUCCCUGUUUUUAAAAACAGGCACAGAGGCGAACAGAAAAGGGUGGACGAAUUCUGGACUUGGCCUGAGAGCAAGACAAUCUCCCUCUGAAUCCAGAAGCGUUCUGUUCAUGUUUGGGGAUAUUUUUUCUACUGGAUGGAACCAGAAAAGAUCAAAAGGAUGGAAAGUGCCAGCAAUGCCAGCAUCCCCUUGAAAAGAAUUGCUUAUUUCCUAUGCUUUUUAUCUGUGCUUUUGCUGACUGAAGGGAAGAAACCAACGAAGCCAAAAUGUCCUGCCUUGUGUACUUGCACCAAAGAUAAUGCUUUAUGUGAAAAUGCCAGAUCUAUUCCACGCAGCGUUCCUCCUGAUGUUAUCUCACUAUCCUUUGUGAGAUCUGGUUUUACUGAAAUCUUAGAAGGGAGUUUUAUACUCACACCAUCUCUGCAGCUCCUGUUGUUCACGUCAAAUUCCUUUGAUGUAAUCAGCGAUGACGCUUUCAUCGGCCUCCCUCACCUCGAGUACCUAUUCAUAGAAAACAACAACAUCAAGUCAAUCUCAAGACAUAGUUUUCGGGGCCUAAAGUCUUUAAUCCACCUGAGUCUUGCAAACAACAAUCUCCAAACACUCCCCAAAGAUAUUUUCAAAGGCCUGGACUCUUUAACAAAUGUGGACCUAAGAGGGAAUUCGUUUAAUUGUGACUGCAAACUGAAAUGGUUAGUGGAAUGGCUAGACACCACCAACGCAACAGUUGAAGAAAUCUACUGCGAAAACCCACCAGAAUAUAAGAAGCGCAAAAUCCGUAGCCUCUCCUCGAAGGAUUUUGAUUGCAUUAUUACAGAAUUUGCAGCAUCUCAACUCCUGCCCUACCAGUCCCUGUCUAUAGACACUUUUACUUAUAUGAAUGAUGAGUAUGUAGUUAUUGCUCAGCCUUUUACUGGCAAAUGCAUUUUUCUUGAAUGGGACCAUGUAGAAAAAACCUUCAGGAAUUAUGACAACAUUACAGGAACAUCUACCGUAGUAUGCAAGCCUAUAGUCAUUGAAACUCAGCUCUAUGUUAUUGUGGCCCAGCUGUUUGGAGGGUCUCACAUUUAUAAGAGAGACAGUUUCGCAAACAAAUUCAUAAAAAUUCAGGAUAUUGAAAUUCUCAAAAUCCGAAAACCAAAUGACAUUGAAACAUUCAAGAUUGAGAACAACUGGUACUUUGUGGUUGCUGACAGUUCAAAAGCUGGUUUCACUACUGUUUACAAGUGGAAUGGAAAUGGAUUUUACUCCCAUCAAUCAUUACACCAGUGGUACAGAGAUACUGAUGUGGAAUACCUGGAAAUAGCCAGGACGCCUCAGACGGUCAGAACACCUCACUUAAUUCUAUCCAGUAGUUCCCAACGUCCUGUAAUCUACCAAUGGAACAAAAGCACAAAAUUAUUUACUAAUCAAACUGACAUCCCUAACAUGGAAGAUGUGUAUGCAGUAAAGCAUUUCACAGUCAAAGGUGAUGUAUAUAUCUGCCUGACAAGAUUCAUUGGUGAUUCCAAAGUGAUGAAAUGGGGAGGAUCAUCAUUUGUGGAUGUACAAAGGAUGCCAUCCCGAGGAUCCAUGGUGUUCCAACCUCUUCAGAUAAAUAAUUACCAAUAUGCAAUUCUUGGAAGUGAUUAUUCCUUUACUCAAGUGUAUAACUGGGAUGCAGAGAAAGCAAAAUUUGUGAAAUUUCAAGAGUUAAAUAUACAGGCACCAAGAUCUUUCACUCACGUGUCUAUUAAUAAGCAUAAUUUUCUCUUUGCUUCCAGUUUUAAGGGACGUACACAGAUCUAUACACAUGUCAUAGUUGAUUUAAGCGCAUGACACAUUCAACUCUGUGGCUGCAGUCAAAAACUCUCUCCAGUUAAGUGGACAGGAUGAGCUAAGUGCAUGAUGACUCUUCUAAUCAUACUUCCAAAUGAAUGCCUUUCAAAAGUCGAGAUUGCUAGAGCCAAGCAUUACCAGUAUCUUCAUCUUUAACUGUCAGGUCUAGUGGUGUUGGAAGUUACCUUUUACAUGACAGAUUUAAAUUGUUUAACUGGUCUUUGCCUUGACAAUGUGUAAAUAUGUGUGCAAUGGCAUCUGUUAUUAUGAGAAGAAAUAUUAAUAUGUACUUUUCUGUUUAU